AUGGACGGCUUCGACACCAUGGCGAUGCCGUACCUGGCCUCCCCACUUUCGCUAGCCAAUAUCCAGGGCUCGGAUUACCUCAAUGCCUUGCCAGGGAUGGACCUCCCAGAUCAGCGCUCCAACUUUGAUUCGGAAACAUUCGUUAGCGGAGAUGAUUUGACUUUUCCCCAUCAUACGUUGCCUCCGGAGACUCUCAAAAGAUUCUCUGGAUAUGAGGACCCAUUCACGGACAUGGUGACACCCUUUGAUCCCGCGCCUCCCGCUGAGCCGCCUGCCGACUCGUCUAUCGAUCAUAACAAUAAGCUCCUGAGCUUUUCUAUUCCGUCAUAUCCUUUCACACUCCUCGACUAUUCCUUUCGGCGCACCUCAAUAUCAGUCUCCGCUCAGCUACAUGGCAUGUUCUUUCUUGCCGAAUCGCCGUGGACUACUUCUCCGACGGAGAAUGCUCCGCCCCAACAAGGCGCGGAGCUAACAUGCUACCGUCGAAAUCUGUUUCAGAUUACUGGCUCAGUAACUCUCCCUCGGGGCUUGCGUUAUAUCAUCACCGACACCGGGGAUCGGAUACCCAUCGUCGCGCAGGAGCUAACCGUAUCGGCUACCGAGUCUGUGGAGGGGAACUCGGUAAAGAUCAUCUCAGUUCCCUGGAAAACUCCCGCUGCAAACGGAAAUUCUACCAAUGAGGAUGCAACAAACGGGAAUAACCCAAGCACCGGCGCUCCUAAGGUCGAAAAGGAACCCCCGGCGAUCCCAUUGGACAUGAUGGCUGGACAGGACCUAGAUACCGACUACGCGACUUUCCCAAUUGCCUGGAAGCGCCUUCAAUUUCGCGUCGCGACUGCCAACAAUGGGCGAAGAAAGGAGCUGCAACAGCACUUUGUGGUCCGGCUGAAGGUCAUUGCGACCCUGUCCACUGGCGGAAAGAUACAAAUUUGCGAGGUACACUCCGGACCGGUCAUCGUCCGUGGCCGCAGUCCUCGCAAUUUCCAAUCCCGCAAGGAUCUACCUCUGAGUGGCAGUGCUGCUGCUUCCCGGAAGAAUGCUCAAGCUUCCCAUACCGCUUCAGCUAGUAUAAAUCGCACCUCACCCAGCGAUUCUGGGCCGCAAUCAGGCGUGGCGUCCGCCAGGGCAAAGGCUGGCGUUAAGAGCAGCUCUCCAGAGACUUCCGUGCCUCACCCAUCCCAAGCUUCUCCGGAUUGGACACAGAUUACUUCUCAGGGGGCUGCAGCACUUCCUCCUACAACGAUGCCACACUCGUCGAUUUACACGCAAUCUAGCCCCGAAUUCUCGCGACCGGCAGAGGUCCACCGUCGGACAAGCAACUCCGUUGCAGCUCCCAUCAACCUAUCUCUCCUAGAUGACGAUAACUCGGAUCUGAUCCAUCUCAAUGACCAUGGGCGAUCUCUGUCGUCUUUCUCUAAUGACCUCGCGUCCAGAAAUCUCAGCAUUGACUCUUCUGGUCGACCAGCCAAGAUGCGCAAAGUUUCUCAUGUCGCGCCUCAGACGCAGUCAAGAAGCACAUCGGCCACGGUGCCGCUAGUGGGCGCCACGAAUUUCCAACAACAAUUUGCAUCAAGCUUGCCUUUCGCAAGUGAGAGCGCUGAUGUGUUGUAUGAAUACUUUCCGUUACCCAUAGAAGACUGGCAGGGACCUGUUGAUGCUGUGUACCGCCCACAUGUGGUACACCAUACGAAUAUGCCGCAGAUGAAGUACGUGACGGCCCGAGGUCAGAGCAAGCGAUACUUUGCUGCAGAAGACGUAUUCUGA